AUGAAUGCUACUGAAAUUUCGGAUGGAAAAUAUGUGUGCAGUGGCUAUGAAGGAAUUUUUCUACAAAUUUUAUUAGACUAUCUGGGUUUAAGAGUGAAAAUUACAAACUUCUAUGAUUUUCCACGCUUCGAUACUCCCUUAGCAUACGUUGACUAUAACAUAUCACAUAUGGUAUUUGGACAAAUUCUUUUGAAUUACGACAGAUUUACAAAAGCCUCUAUGAGUUUUCCUUAUAACAUUGUUCAUGUUACAUUUGUGGUAAAAAGAUCUGUGCCAUUAUCGACAAAAUUUGCAUUUCUCUACCCAUUUACUCUUAACACGUGGUUGGGACUCCUGUUUGCAUUUUUAUUACUUCCUAUUGUUGCUGUACUCAUGCUGGACAUUAAAAUAACUUAUGUAAAUAUGUGCUUGCAGAUGUUGAGCAGCCUAUUAAAGCAAGGGUUACAGUUUCCGAUGAUAUCUUUCAAGAGCAGAUUGUUCUUCACUGCAUUCUUUUUCUUCUCGUUGGUGGUCUCUUUCAGCUUUUCUGCAGUUUUUUUCUCCUUUAUGGUGAAUCCCUUAAAAAACCCACCAGUGCGGAAUUUCAAAGAAUUGUCCGAAGCCGUAAAAAAAGGUACUCACAAAUGCUAUGCUUUCAAUUCAUAUGCUAUCAGAAAUGCACUGAAGCACUCCUCUUAUGAUUAUGUUCGGACCCUAUAUAAAAACAUUGAGAAAGCAAACACUUUUUAUCAGGAUACAAACUUUGAUUACGAUGAAACGCUUUCUAAAGUUAAUGCAAUUCUUAGAGAAGAUAUUUUCCUGGACUUGAAGUUCGGAUCGAACCCCGACCUUUUCGUGUCAGACGACAGAAUUUCACCCAGUAUGAUUGCAUUAUACAUGGGUAAAAACUUUUGCCUGAAGCAUAAAAUUAAUACUUUUAUAUCGCGGAUUUGGCAAAGUGGGAUAUAUCAAAAAAUACCGAGAGACAUUCAGAUUCAAAAGUAUAUAAAAGAACCGAAAAAACCUUCCGUGGAAGAUAACCAACCAUUAAGACUACAUGAUAUAUCUGGUGUUUUAAUAAUAUUACUUUUCGGUUAUGUUAUAUCAUCACUUGUCUUAGUAAUUGAGAUAAUUGCGA